GGCCGCAUUUGUCAUGAUACACCAAAUCAAAACAUUGCGGAUUGAAGCUAUUUUCGUUUCGAUUGAACAAUUGUAGCGUGUGUAAUAAUGAGUUCUGCAUUUAGUUCCAGUGAUAAUAUAAUACAAAACCAGUCCCCGGUUUCAGUUGUGGACAAUGUACAAUUGCACGAUAUAUGGAAUAGUGAGCAAAAACAACGAUGUCUGAAAUGGAUAGAGAAACACAACCUGAAACGAGUUGCCUUACAACUGCCGGAUACUAUUUUACACCACAGCGUGGAGAUCGUGAAUGAGCUACAAUCAGCUUUGAUUGAAGGAUUGCGCAUAUUUGUGCUCGCCGAUACAUCCUACGGUAGUUGCUGCGUAGAUGAGAUAUCAGCGGCCCAUGCGAACGCUGACGGUGUAAUUCACUUUGGGCACGCAUGUCUAAGCAAGGUAUCUCGCAUCCCAGUGCUGUACGUGUUCUUCCAAUAUACGCUUCAAGAAGAACAUUUGAUUGCCACUCUAUCGAGAGAAUUUGAUACUCUAAACAGUGACUCUAAAGUUACAUGUUUUUACGAAGUUUGUUACGCGGACGCAAUCGCUAAGAUAAGGGAAACGCUCAUAGAUCGGUUUCCGAACAUGGUAAUAGCCCGUUUAGCGGAAGCUGACCAAAAGGCCGACAUACUCUACUGGAAAUUAGAGACGCCACAUAACGCGAACGGUGUGGUGUUAUAUAUUGGCCGUGACAAUUUAACAUUUUUCAAUACCGCAGUAUCCCUUGAAGAAUCACAAUGCUAUCUGUACGAUCCAACUAAAACCGACCCACAGCUGGAACGGACAGACGUUUUUGCGGCCAAAUGGCUACGUCGAAGAUACUAUGCUAUCGAACGUUGUAUGGAUGCCGGAUCGAUCGGAAUCGUUGUGGCUACCCUGUCUACAAAAGGCUAUCUCGAGAUCGUGUCGAGAGUACAGCGGUUGGCAAAAGCACGUGGUGUACGCACGUACCUUAUCUCAAUAGGAAAGGUAAAUCCCGAGAAGCUGGCGAAUUUUAUCGACAUUGAUUGUUUUGUGUUGGUUGGUUGUCCGGAAAACGACAUCUUUACAUCGCGUGAUUUUUUCCGACCGCUGCUAUCGGUAUUUGAGGCCGAGAUGGCACUGAAUAAGGCGUGGAAAGAAAAACUGCUUACACGUUACACAACCAACUUUCCCGACCUGCUACCCCAUGGUCGUUUUUACUCGGACGUGGAGGAAGUGUCGUGCAAAACUGAUGAGGUGGAUGAUCCGGCGGAUGUCAGCUUGAUCACGGGGAGGGCGAGAACUGUUCCGCACCGUAAGGCUGACGAUGAGGAAUCAAAGACAAAUGGCACGUGUACGGAUGUAGUAUCGAAAGGAAGAAAUGAGGUCGCACAAAUCAGUUCGGCGGAUCAAUUUACCAACAGAUCCUGGCAGGGGCUGGAACAAAACCUUGGUCAGGAUGUUCCCGCUCUUAUACAAAUGGGACGCUCUGGGAUUCCAAUCAAGUAUGAAAAUGAACGAAACAACCCCUAGUAACAACUUACACAAAACAGUUAUUUUAUUGUUUGGCGCAAAGAUUGCAAUUUAUCAUAAAGCUUGUUAAACAGAUGUUAAGAAACUUAACUCAAUGUGAGGGGAAAAGGAAAUAUUGUUAACUUCUAAACAAUAAAUGGAAAACAACUGAAUAUUUAAAAAAA